AUGCAAUAUUGUUAGAUUCACAAUCCUCAAUUCUAAUAAACCUAAUAUCAAUCAACAUCAUAACAGCAAUAACUGUUACCUUAGCAUGUCAUACUCAUAAAUAAAUAUAAAAACAAAAAAAAAGCAUACAAAGAGUCUCUAAAUGAUCUAAGGAAUUAGAUGAAAGGAAUUUUUGAUAAGCAAUUGCACUAAGAGUAGGAAUUAACUCAACUAAAAACUUAAUAUCAUUUGGAAAAAGAGUAAUGGUAAUAAGAAAAGAAGAUCUUGAAUUCGAUGUUACCAUAAAAGGACUUGAAUUUCAACGGAUUAUAGAAGGAGAAGAAGUCUUACAAGGAAAAGAAAUAAAAACUCAAACAUGAAUUGGAUCAAUAUAAAUAACACUGUGAAAUUUAAGAUGGAAAAUUACAGUAAAUUUUACUUGAAAACUCAAAAUUAAAAGCAAUUUUAAAUGGGAGAGACCAAGAAUGUCUGGCUCUGUAAGAAGAAGUCGAAUACUACUAAAAGAGAUUAAUUUAAUUGUAAAGAUAGUGA